AUGUCAGAUAAUAGUAAACACUCAACACCAAUAGAAUUAGUAACAGUAACCGUACAUAGACCAGCGAAACAACAAAUCAAUCUUCGUCAAAGCACCAAAAACACACCACAACCCAUCACAUCGUCGCAAUCUAGGUCUACCGGAUCACUGAUCAACGUCGACAACAACAACAACUAUUGGAAGGAGGAAGCAUUGAAAUGGGAGCAGAUUGCUAACACCUAUUUAGAAGAAUUGACCUAUUUAAAAGCAAAACUUGCAAAGAUUGGAAACAACACAAAUAACUCAUUAUCAAACAACAUUAAUAAUCAACAACAACAACAACAACAAGAACUAGAACAAGAAAAUAAUUCAUCUUUAUCAUCUUUAUCAUCUUUGACAAGUUUAUCAUCUUUUAAUAAUUCAUCAUCAAAUACAUCACCAAUAUUAACAUCUCAAAAACCUUCAUCAUCAACAUCAUCAUCAUCAUUAUCAACAUCAUCAUCAAAUCCAAUUUCAAUUGGUACUGCAAAUAAUAUUCGACAAUCAACCUCUUCAUCAAAUUUAUCAAAUUUUACUAAUAAUAAUAAUAAUAAUAAUUUCAAUAUGUCAUCACCAACAAAUCAAUCAGAUUCAUCUGUAUUAUCAACAUCAGCCAAGAAAAAGAAAUGGUUUGUAAAGUUUUUAGAUGGUAAAAAAGACAAGAAAGAUUCAAACAAUAAUAAUACUAUAAAGGACUCGACCGAUGUGUCUAAUAAUGGUGGUAUUGACCAAUCAUCUGGAUUUGAAUAUAACGAACGAGGUCUUUCGACACAAUACCAUCAUCUACCCAAACUCCAAGUUGUACCAUUAAAAUGCCGUGGCAGUCGUUUGACGUAUGCCAAAUUCACCGGACCCGACUAUAGUCCACCAGCCGAACCAAACCCCGUGUCGGGUGCACCCAAGACCGUGUACGAAGCCACCUACUCGGACUCUAUCUACGCCAUCUCGACCAGCACAUACCCCUACAGCAAAGGCAAUCUGGGACGGGACGGCGACCCCAUCGCCGAUCGAUACAACUGUGUAAUAUUUGAAAAUAGACUGAUCGCCUGUCUGGCCGACGGUUGCAACUGGGGUGCGCGACCAAAAGAGGCGGCUAUGAAGGCGUCAGAGGCCUUUCUCGACUACAUGGUCGCCAAGAACGACCAAAUAACCGAUGUUAAAGAGGCUGGCAAGAUCUUGUUUGGUGCCUUUGAGCAGGCGCACAUCUCGAUCAUGAAGGGCAAGGACGAGUACUGGGAGGCGGGAACAACAACUUUGCUUGGUGGUGUUUUGUGCCAAAUCAACAAGGGCCAGGACAAGUGGAGUCCCGAGUGGGAGUUUGUGUUGGCUAGCGUCGGCGAUUGCAAGGCGUACGUCUUGUCGGGCGGCGAAGUAUGUGAUAUCACCGAGGGUAACCGUAUGUCUCUCGACCCCAAGGAUUGUGGUGGUCGUCUCGGUCCACACCUCGAGGAAGGCAAGCCCGAUUUGCGUAACCUCAACAUCUUUUGUGCAUCGGUCAACACGGGCGAUCUCAUCAUCCUCACCACCGACGGUAUUUACGAUAACCUCGACCCUCUACACCUAGGAAAGACGCCGCAAGACAUGUCCAAGGUGUUUAACCUCACCGGCUCCAAGUGGGCCGACGUCGACCUCACUAAAGCCUUCCAGGCCAAGACCGCCUUCACCACCUCGUUCCUCGAAUCCAUUCUCACCGACCUCGACGAGCCCUCCAAGAUUGCCAACCGUCUCAUCCAGCAUUGCUGGAACACGACCGAGUCGUCGCGCGAUUUUCUCGAAAAUAACCCUGGCAAGCGUCUGCCCCAAGACUACAACAAAUACCCGGGCAAGAUGGACCACACCACCUGCAUCUGUUUCCGUGUCGGCGAGUUUGACCUCGACGAACCUUUCCAGCAACAACAACAGCAACAAAUGAGCCAGCAGCUGGGGUCCACGCCUCCAGGCGAUGAGUUGCUCAACUUUUCACCACCAAACUCUGUCUUUUCAACAUCACCCAACCAUGUGUCUAACCAGUCACAGUUCACAACCACCGGUCAGCCAAAGGCUUUCCGCGACGGUCUCCUCUCAUCCAAUGGAAAGGAUUGGGUCAAAACGUCACCAUCCACAAAGCUAGGUGGCUCCCUUUCCAAUCUCAGUUCACAGGGCCUGUUGUCCAACACAAAGAGUGGCAGCUCGUCUUUUAAUCUUUUAGAUAAUAUAACUGGUUCUUCUCCUGUCGACCCACCAAUUGUUUUGGCAGGUUUCAAACCAACAGAUUCUGACAAGGCAUCUUGUUCUGUACCUAUCACAUCAAAUAUUAAUAAUAAUAAUAGUAAUAAUAAUAGUAAUAAUAAUAAUUUAUCAACCCCUACACCUUCAUCCUCUCAAUCCACACCUUUAGAUCUCAGUCCAAGAACUAGCGAUUAA